AUGGCUUUCGCGUUAUCAAUUUCAAAAGCCUCAAUGGCACUUCACAACUUGACAUCUUUACACACUGCUGACCGGGUUCACCUCAGGCCAUCCAAUCUCGUGCUGCCACGUCAUUCUCUUGCUAUCUCCACUGUCGCCUUCUCUCGCCGUCGAAACCACAACUCUACAGCCACUUCCUCUUCAAAGAAAAAGAAGCGGUAA